AUGGCGGACCUGGACGCGCGGGUUCGCGCGAUCCUGGACGAGGAGGAGGACGACGAUCUCGUGGACUACGGGGACUCGCCGCUUCCGUCGCCCGCUAAGCCCGCUCCCGCUAAGCCCGCGCCCGCGCCCGUCGUUCCUCCCGCGAGAUCCGAUGCGCCAACAUCGGCGGACGCGGCGCGCGCGGCGAUGGAGCGGGCUCGAGCCGACGCCGACGCCGAGGCGCUCCGCAUCGCCGCCGAGAACCUCCCCGACGACGACGACGACGACGAGGACCUCUGGGACGGCGACGAGGCGGCGGACGCGGCGGACGAGGCGGUUGACGAUGCCUUGGACGCGGACGGGGAUCUCGACGACCGCGUCCCGUCGGCCGCCCCGACGACCGUCCCGCCGCCUCAACUCGGCGAGAAACGAUCCCGCGACCCGAUGGACGACGACGUCGACAUGAUGGACGUCGAACCGACGACGACGACGACGACGACGGCGUACGACGAGAACGCCGCACCGUCCGGCACCAACGCGACCGCCCCGCCGCGCGACGACGACGACGACGAGGAGAUGCGCGAUCAGCACACGUUCGUGCCCCUGGAGGAAUCCGAGGUGGUCCUCGCCGAGCGCAUAUGCCGCCGGCUCCGCGAGCACAAGAAGCACCUCGUCCGCCUGCUCAUCGCGCAGUUCGGCGCCGCCCUGUGCGAGGGUGCGUUGGAGGAGACGAUCCGCGUGGAGAAGAACGGUGGAUCGUUCGUCACCCUCGACGGCGCCGGCGGCGUUCGGCGGCGGCUGCCGGGUGGCGUGUUCAUCGCCACGGUCAAGUCUCGAGCCCCACCGGUGGAGUUCAAGGCGGUGAUGAAACGCGCCGCGGAGAUCGAUAAGCGUCUGAAGAAGCAGCUGGAGGCGCGGGGGCCGCCGGGGGGAAGGGGACCACCCGCGAGGAAGCGACCCAGGGUGAGCGUGCUCGAGAGGGUGGGCGAGAAGCAGCUCGGAGACGGGGGAAGGGGACGAGGGGGACGAGGGAGGGGGAGGGGGCGCGGGGGCGAGCGGGGUGGACGAGGGGGUAGGGGAGGGCGCGGGGGUGGCGGCGGGGGCGGCGGACGCUCGGGACGGAGCGCCGCCGAGGUGACCACGUACGCGGUUGACAUCUAA